AGUGUGCAAUGUGAUGAAGAUGAACAGCACCAAGUUGACCCCAGAGACCGAUUGUCGGCAAGAGGUCCGGGAGGUGUGUGGUCCAGAGAGCUGUCCAUUGACUCAAGGUCCCCGAGUGUGUGCCAAUGAAAUCAAAACCUUUGUUCAAGAUGUUCCCGAGGAGGUGUGUCAUUUGAAUCCUCAGAGAAUCUGCAAUCCUACCAACAAGAUCAUUCCCAAGUUGGAGCAACGCGUCAAAUGCAUCGACGUGCCACGGGAAGUGUGCAUCACUGUUCAAGUGGAGGCUAAGAAGGUCAGCAGGCCAGUGGUGAAGAAGUGGUGCGGCAUUCUGCCUGGUAAUACCAGUGGAAGUGAGGAAGAAGACGACGAAGGGGAGGAGGGCACCGAGACAACACAGGAACCUGAGGUUGAAACCACUGAAAGCCAAACUCAAGCCUCCAACACUGCCAAUAACGACACUGAUGUUGCUACUGAUCCAUCCAUCUAAAACGUUCAAAUCCAUAGUGAAUCCUCGACCACUACAAUUAGUAAACCAUUGUUUUGACGUCAUAUUGACUCUAAUUAUAUUUUGAUGCUUUUAUCAGACUUGUAUUAAGUAGGAAAAUGACAUUCGAAAAACUUGUUCUCUCACCGUAAUAUCUAAGAAUCCAAAAUAAACAACUCAUGUAGUUAACUACAGAUGGACAAAUUCUUCAGAUACUCAAACCCGUCAAGCACAUCUUUCUCUGUGUUGCUUUGGAACCCAUAGCUUUAGGUACAGCAUUUGAUUAUUUUUUUGUCUCAAAGUAAAUUGUUUGUGGCUAUUUGGUACUCUAUUUUGGGGCCCAAGCUCGCCAUUUGAUAUUUUUCACAUCAAAUUGCACAUUUGAUCAAAGGACACUCGUCAGUCAAAAGUGGAGUGGGGAGGGGUUCAUAAAUUUGUAUUUCUAGCACAUAAAUUGCCCAAUGAUCAAUUAAUACUAGUAUGUGCACCCACCCCAUCUGGUCUCAGUUCAACUUUUUAAAUUCUUCAUGUCUGAACUGUAACAGGGAUGGCCCUAGGCCCUUCUUGGGUCAUCCUUGUCAUUUUCUUUGGGGCCGUAAUCACGAGGACCCCAUCUGCGGACAAAUUUGACUGAACUUUGUGAGCCUCACAACCCUCGGGAAGUGUGUACUUCCGACUGAAUUGCCGCGACAAGAAGCAAUCAUCUGCCUUCUCUUCAUGCUUCGCCUCAACACUCAAGGCGUUGCCAGUGACGUUGACUUUAAUCUCGUUGGGCUGAAACUCGUGCGUGUCAAGACUCAAUUCAAAUUUCUUGUCGUCAUUGGUCAUCCGAACCAUCUGUCGAUCCGUGUGCUGAAACAAAUCCAAGUCUUUCAUAAUUGGCGAACCAAAGAAGCCAAAAUCGUCCCAAUCGCAUCCCAUGGUGGGCAUCAUCCACUUGGGGAAGAAAGAGGGUCCACUGAAGAAAUCCUCUGGACGAGCCAAUGCUUUGUUCUUUCGAUCUGAUGAAGAAGAUGACGUUGAGGACGAAUUGGAGAUUUGCUUUUCACUCUGACUGCGGCUGGAUUGGUGUUGCUGCUGUAACUGAUGGGAGGAACUAGAGCAAGUGGAGGACUUGUUUUCAAUCUUGUCUUGGGCGUUCUUCAAGGAUCCAUGCUGAGUAGCAUCAUCCAAAGCGGGCACCGCCUGGUGAAGACGGACGCGGCUCCAGAACUCUCGGCUUUCUCGGGUCAUUUCUUCUCGAA